UAGCUAGCCAACGCUAGCUGACUUAGCUUGAUCUUACCGUGACAUGAGUUUAUUGGCCAUGUGUUGGCGGUCGCCUCAGGGCUCGAUCACACCAAGCGCGCCUCUCAAAAGCGCAGCCGCACCAAAAACGUCUUGUCAAAAACGUGCCGGGCCAAACAGCGCGGCGCUGUGGAGCGGACCUGCGUGCGCAACCAACCGUUGAUUUUGGCUUCAAGAUAUUUAAAAAAGAAAGGAAAGAGUUCGGCGAACACCAGCAUCUACUCUCUGGAGGCUGAUGGAGAGCUCUCGGCUCAUGGUGGAGGAGGUGUUGGCUCUUUGUCUCCACAGGAUCACGAUGGAGGACGCCAGCAUGAGCACCGAGCGGGAGACGAUGCAGGUGGUGAAGAACCUGGAGGCCGUGAGGAGGCGCUGGCUGCACGCCGAGCUGGAGCUGAAGAAGUACAAGGAGCUGCUGGUGAACUCCGACGUGUCCAAAGCGGCUCUGGAGGUCAAACUGAAACACGCUCGCAACCAGCUGGACGUGGAGAUGAGGAAGCGCUACAAGAUGGAGGGAGACUUCCACUACCUGCAGAGGCAGAUGCAGCUGAUGUGUGACGUCCUGGUCCAGGACAGCCGGGCCAGCUGCCUGAACGCAGAGCAGAAGUCUCUGCUGGCCACCUUCCACCACCAGGGGAACGCCACCCUGCAGCGCAGCAGCAGACGGUUGUGUGUGAUCGACGAGUCCUCUUUCCUGUCCCACUCCGAUAUCAGCUACGACCGGACCGACGACGACGUGGAUCUGGACACGACGUCCUUGAAACCCCUGAGGUCUCGAGCCAGAGAGCGGAGGCGGUCGUCCAUGGGACUGCCCGCCGGACCUCCGGUCGGGAAGCGAGGCGGGGACGUUUGUGCAGAGCUGCUGGAGAGGAAGCCCAUCGAGGAGGUCAACACGUUGGUGAAGCAGCUGUCGAUGGCCCCUGAGACUUGGAUCAACGUGAUGGGAAUCGCACCAGAGACCCCCAAAGAGCCCGUCUGUACCCCCACCCGGGAGAGUGCCGGUCCAGUGGCAGCAGACCAAACCUCCGUGUGGUUUCCCCGUGACGAGACGGAGGCGUCGAUGGAGAGAGCGCAGAAAGCCGUCGCACACGUCCUCCUCUCCAAAACCGUGAUCCGGCCCGAGAUGUGCCUGCCGUGCGGGAAGAGGAUGCGCUUUGGGAAGAUGGCCGUGAAGUGCAGAAACUGCGGCGCAGUCGCUCACCCAGAGUGCAAACUGAAACUAAGUGACCGCUGCUCGUCCCCCACGGGAAGCUCGGCUCAACAGAACUCGUUGGAGGACUUUGCCCCGGCGACGGAGCCCAAAGUGCCUCUUCUGAUGGUGGAGUGCGUGGCUGAGAUCGAGAGGAGGGGCCUGGAGGAGAGAGGACUGUACCGGGUUCCUGGAGGGGAGCGUCUGGUGAAGGAGCUCCGGGAGCGCUUCCUCCAGGGGAAGACUCCGCCGCUCAGGAAGGUCCACGACGUCCACGUGCUGUGUGGCCUGCUGAAGGACUUCCUGAGGAGGCUGAGGGAGCCGCUCGUCCCCUUCAGCCUGCACCGCACCUUCAUGCAGGCUUCAGAGCUGCCUGAUGAAGACCAGGGCUCGGCCGUCAUGUCUCAGGCCAUUGCUCAGCUGCCAAAGGUCAACAGAGACACGCUGGCAUUCCUCAUGCUUCACUUGCAGAAGGUGAUGAGGAGUCCUCAGUGUCAGAUGGACAAAAGUAAUCUGGCCCGGGUGUUUGGACCGACUAUAGUGGGACAUGGGAUGUCUGAGCCGACUCCGACAACCAUCAUGAGAGACGUCCACAUUCAGCCAAAGGUUAUCAGCCGCAUGCUGUCUCUCCCUGAAGCCUACUGGAAGCGUGUCCUCACCGGCCCGACACGCGAGACGUCGGCCUCCACCAGUAAAAGCCACAGCCUGGAUGAUGUGCAUGGUCGGUUGUUUGAGCCAUUGACUUCACCGGAGUUAAGCAGCUUCUACAAAACUCCCAGCAGAGGUACUGUGAGGGGCAGGACUCGGUACCAGAGCAACGAUCUCCCCAGAACAGGUCGAGCAGAACCAGAACCAAGGUUCUUUACUUCACCCAGUUGAUCCACUGACCUGAACCACAAUCGGACUAUACAGUCUAUACUACCCUCUGAUCCUGUAUGCAGGCGUUUUUGAAGUGUCUGGUGUGAUCGCGCCCUGAUGCGGUCCAGACGUCUGAACAGAAGAACCAAUCACAGGACGGCUUCCUCCUGCUGCCGGCUCUUUAAACUGGACUUGGUGACGUGAUUUUUCUGGGUUUUGAUUUUAUUAAAACACUAAACUCUGAAAAAUAUAAGCACCUACAUGUUUUGGAAGAAACUUGAAAUGCACUCAAUAAAAUAUUUGACUUCAAA